AUGCCCUCACUAGCUCUAAUAGUCGUCGAAGCAGGUGCAGCAGACAAUUCCGCUCUCCUGACGGCAGCCAAAAGAAAGGCCCUCACCAUCAUCCGAACCCGUGAGGGAAUUAGCAAAGAAGACAGCACGUUGGUGGCCAACAUCAGCGAAACUGCACUCGAAUUUUUUCUCCAAGACGACAGCGAAACACCACGAGAACAACACCUGCUCUUUGAAAUCUUGCAGCAUUGGGUCGGAGAAGACGAGGAACGAAAGACAAUUGCCAAGGAGCUGGUACACAAUCAUAUUUGCUUGGAGAAGCUCGACCCUGACUUUCUGACUUCAUCUGUGCUACCAUCUGGUUUCUGCAAAACGCAACAACUAAUGCAGGCGUUCCAAAUCCAAGCACGAGCUGCAAAGGAAAAACAUGGAAUGUUUGCAAGACCAUUCACGCCAUCACGGGCUGUCUGGACCAGUUCAGGAAGCAUAACUUCAACCUGCGAGGAAUUCAAGACAGACUUGCUGAAGUUUCCUCCAAUCAAAGACAAGACAGUUCGAUGGACAGUUGAAAUUUUGAAUGAUGCUGAAAAUGUUUGGCUUGGAAUUGUGAAGGCAGGACUUGACUGUGCUUGUUUUGAUUGUCUUGUUGGUCCCGGUGCAGGAGUUGCAUACAGUGGAAAGGGAAGUGUUUUGAAUAGCCAGACGCAUUGCCCCAAAUUUGAUACGGGUUCCAAAGUCACUUUCACGUUGAUUAUAACUGGACUUGAACAGGUAUCUACAGUUUCGUUGGUCGGAUCAGUCGAUGGUGGACGUCCAUUCAUUGUGGCAGUUCUAGCACGAGACGCUUGGUUAAAAGAGGGUGCCAUCCCUGCAGUCUCCACGAAAUCCCGUGGCUCGGUUCGGCUGUUGAGCAUCAAUGAGCUCAAGUAG